AUGGAACUGAGCAGUCUGCCGCCUGACUCCUGCAGCGACUUCACUUUCUCCAGAAAGGGUCAGCUGAUCCUGAGCGCCGUUGACCCCGCCAGCAGCCCCCCCCCGCUGUCCACUGCCUCCUCCCUCCUGACCAAUGGCUCGUCUCCGCCCGUCCAUCAGACUCCGCCCCCUUCUGACCUCCUCCUACAGCAAUGGAUCAUCGCCGCCGCCAAGGGCCGUCAAACGGCGCUGUGUCAGCUGACCCGACCUCCGUCCGGUGGUCUUGGCUUCAGCGUCGUGGGUCUGAAUCCGGCAGGAAGCGGCAGCAGUCAGGGCGUCUUCGUCAAACACAUCCAGCCCGGAGGCGUCGCUCACAGGGACGGGCGUCUGCAAGAGAGGGACCAGAUCCUGGUGAUCAACGGCAGUCCUCUAGAGCCGGGGAUCGGCCACCAGCAGGCGCUGGCGCUGCUGCAGCAGACCGGAGACAGCGUGGAGCUGGUGGUAGCACGGGACCGCCCACUCAACGCACCAGCAGCAUCAUCGUUACCGGCCACGGACGCCAUCAACACGGAUCAGUGGGGUCACGUGGAGGAAAUCGAGCUGGUGAACGAUGGAUCUGGUUUGGGUUUCGGCAUCGUGGGAGGGAGAGCGACCGGCGUGGUGGUCCGGACGCUCCUCCCAAACAGCGUGGCUGACAAGGACGGGCGUCUCCGCACAGGUGACCACAUCCUUCGCAUCGGGGCGACGCCCACCGGCGGCCUCUCCAGCGACCAGGUGGUCAAAGUGCUGCAGGGCUGCGGCAGUUACGUGACGCUACUGAUCGCCAGGGAUCCCCGGGGUCAGAGGUCAGCGGCCCCGCCUCCGCCGCCUCCUGACUCCGCCCCCGUCUCCUCCUUACCCCCCCGGCCUCCGAACCUGCCGCAACGCCGCCACAGCAAGACGCCCAGCCUGGAGGGGUAUGAGAUUCAUGAGGUUCCUCUCAGCAGGAACGACGGCCAGAGUCUCGGCAUCUCCAUCAUCGGCUACAACCCUCUGACCAGCUCUGAUGCGGUCGGCGUGUUCGUGAAGCACGUGGUUCCCGGCAGCGCCGCAGAUCAAAGCAGAAACAUCCGAAUCCACGACCGCCUGCUCGCUUUGAACGGCGUCAGCCUGCACGGUCUGACCAAUCAGGAGGUUCUGGAGGUGAUGAAGCAGGCGGGUCAGACGGUCGUUCUCUCCGUCCUCAGGAAGAAAGCCAAAACGCUGGAGAGAUCUCUGGAUAAAGUGGAAAGAGAGUCGUCUCGUGUGUCAUUAAGGAGGUCUUUUGAAGUCAACACUCGCUCAUCCGGGCUUGGCUUUGCAGCACCAAAUCUGGAACCGACAAACUCAACACAGCUAACAACGGAUGCAGAUGCAGAACUGUGGGCUAAAUGGGAGCAGGCCCUGGGACCAAAGUACCAGGUUCUGGUGGUGAAGUUAGAUCCUGUCAUUGAAGACGACGCAGAGCUGCAAAAAUCCUCAAAGCUGCUGCCCGUCCACACGCUGCGUCUGGGUGUGGAGCUGGACUCCUUUGACGGUCACCACUACAUCUCCUCUGUGGCCCCUGGGGGCCCCGUGGACAGACACGGAGUCCUGAGACCUGAGGACGAACUCCUGGAGGUGAAUGAUGUGCAGCUGUACGGUAAGUCUCGUCGGGAAGUGGUGGCCUUCCUCAAAGAAGUGCCUCCUCCGUUCACUCUGGUCUGCUGUCGACACCCGACCUCUGACCUGGGACCAGAAUCUGAACCAGAACCAGAAUCUGAACCAGAACCAGAACCAGUGCUGCGACCUGGACCCGGACCUCUGAGACAAUCCAGUGUGGAGGAGAUGGAGCUGAAACUGUCGUCGAUGCUCCGUAGCCACACAGAACUGAGAGACAGCAUCUCUGAGCAGCAGCCGGCAGUGAGACAGCAGCAGGUGCUUCCUGUAGAGGAGGAGCUGAUGGAGACCCAACCCAUCCAGGAGGAAGAGGAGAAGGAGGAAGAGGAGGAGGAAGAGGAGGAAGAUGACGGGGAGCUGGCUCAGUGGUCUCCACACGUCCAGCUGUUGGAGCUGCAGAAAGAGAGAGACAAAGGCCUCGGCUUCAGCAUCCUCGAUUACCAGGACCCUCUGGAUCCCGGCCGCUGUGUGAUGGUGAUCCGCUCCGUGGUCCCCGGCAGCUCUGCAGACCGUCACGGUGCUUUGCUCCCUGGAGACCAGCUGGUGUCGGUCAACCACACCCAGCUGGACUCCCUGAGCCUGGACCAGGCCGUGGAGGUGCUGAGGACGGCCCCGCCCGGCACGGUGCGCCUGGGCCUCCGCAAGCCUCUGGUGGCGGUGGAGGAACCAGAGAGGAUCAGCCAGGUGUCUCUCAGCCACACACAGCUGCCUGUCCCAAAGGGUUUCGGUGACGGCUCCAUCCUGCCAGAAGACCUUCAUCAUAGAGAGGAAGAGGAGGAAGAGGAGGAAGAAGAAGAGCCGGAGCUGAUCCUGGACGGAGGUCUGCCUCGCUACAACUCCUCCUCUCUGACCUCUGACCUCCGGCCGGCCGAGGAGGGCACGGAGAUGGCUGUGGAUGAAGAGGAGGAGGAAGAGGAGAAGGAGGGGGAGAGGAAAGCUCCUCCGUCCUGGGAGGAGUGGAAGCUAAACUCCUCUAGCCAGAGAGAAGCAGAGGAGAUUCGGAGCAGAGAGAAGCAGCAGCUGGAGGAGGAAGACCUGCAGAGAUCGGACCAUGAAAGCAUCGUGUCUCUGGGAAACCUGAUUCCGGAUUCCAGAGACAGCGAAGCGGACUCUGAACUCACUCUGACGGACACGGACACAGAGUCUGUCAGGAUGACUGGCACAGCGAGACGGAAGAGGCGGAGCCAGGGUGGAGCCUGUGUACCAAUCAGAGGAUACCACGGUGAUCUUCCCGAAAGAGAAGAUGGGGAGGGAGAGGAAACUCCUGCCUUCAGUCAUUGGGGACCCCCCCGCAGGGUGGAGGUGUGGCCUGAGGACGGCCAGUCUUUGGGUCUGAGCAUCGUAGGGGGGCAUCAUGUGAUCAAGCGUCUGAGGAACGGAGAGGAGCUGAAGGGGAUCUUCAUCAAGCAGGUUUUACGGAACAGUCCUGCUGCCAAAACUCGGUGUCUGAAGACCGGAGACAAGAUCCUGGAGGUGUCGGGUGUCGACCUGCGAGUGGCCAGUCACGAGGACGCCGUAAACGCCAUCAAAUCAGCUCCGAGCCCUGUUGUCUUCAUCGUCCAGAGCCUGAUGGCGACUCCACGGCCUGUGUCUCUAACAGCCUCCAGCCACAAUAAACUCAAAGAAACGAGGACUAAGUCACCGACAGCAGGUGCAGCCCCGCCCCCUCUGAGACAGCCGCCGCCCUACAGACCUCCCAACCAAUCAGAACAGGAGCUGAAGUCUGACCUGGAGCAGGCCAAAGAGCGGUGGUUUGAGCGUUAUGGCGAGCUGCAGGGUGAGCUGCUGUGCGUGGAGCUGGAGAAGGAGCGCCAGGGUUUGGGUCUCAGCCUGGCGGGGAACAGGGACCGCUCCCGCCUCAGCAUCUUCGUUGUGGGACUCCAACCGGCCGGACCGGCCGCUCGAGAUGGACGCAUCCGGGUCGGAGAUGAGCUACUGGAGAUCAACAGCCAGGUCCUUUACGGGCGGAGCCACCAGAACGCCUCCGCCAUCAUCAAGAGCGCCGCCGCCAAGGUGAAACUCAUCCUGCUCAGAGGGCCCCCGGGCGGAACCGGCCCUGCCGGCGCAGACACCCCGCGGCCCGCCGGGCGGGCGGCGGCGCACGGACACACCCGGAGGGACAGGGCCACCACGGGCGCGGGACCCGCGGCGCGCUCUGUCCAGCAGCCGCGCGGCAAAGCCCCGCAGCGACGCACCCGGCGCGCGGCCUGCAAGCCGGCAGCCGACGGCCCCUCCCCACGCGCCGACCGAGCAGGCGGACAAACGGGCGCAGGCGGGCCGCGCGCCCGCGGCCCCCGCCCGGUCUCCGCCCCCACAGACGGACGCCGCCCCCCCGACAGCCUGAAGCUCCACCCGUCAUCGGACACACUGGAUGAGAGGAGUGAUGAAGCUGAACGUAACAACAGAAACAGCAGCAGUAAAAGCUCCACCAAGAGUCUGAGAGCCAGCGGCGCCUCCAACAAGAGACUGAACGUUCCAGAAAACGUUCCCGAAAACGUUCCAGAAAACGUUCCCAACAACGUUCCCGAAAACGAGCUUCAGGCUCUGAAUGCGUCGCUGGAGCAGCAGACAGCAGCCUCUCCUCCUCUGAUCAGCCCUGACCUGCAGACAGCGACCAGAGACCCAGCAUGCUGUGCGGUGGUUCCUGGUCAGGAGAUGCAGCUGGAGAUCUGUAAAGGUCGAUCUGGACUCGGACUCAGUAUAGUGGGAGGAAGAGACACACAGCUGGACGCCAUAGUGAUCCACGAGGUUUAUGAAGAAGGAGCUGCAGCCAGAGACGGACGACUGUGGUCCGGAGACCAGAUACUCGAGGUGAACGGGGUGGACCUCCGCGGGGCGUCCCACGAGGAGGCCAUCGCCGCCCUGCGUCACACACCGGGGAAGGUAUGUCUGACGGUGCUGCGGGACGAGGCCCAGUACCGAGACGAGGAGAACCUGGACGUGUUUAAGGUGGAGCUGCAGAAGAGGAGCGGCAGAGGGCUGGGGCUCAGUAUCGUCGGGAAAAGGAGUGGUAGUGGUGUGUUUAUCUCUGAGGUAGUCAGAGGGGGCGCCGCGGAGCUGAACGGUCGUCUGAUGCAGGGAGACCAGAUCCUGUCGGUCAACGGAGACGACACGAGGCAAGCCUCACAGGAAACGGUCGCGGCCAUACUGAAGUGUGCUCGGGGUCCCGUUCUGUUGGAGCUCGGACGGCUCAAAGCUGCAUCCUGGAUCUCAUCCAGACGCAACUCACAGGGAAGCCAGAUGAGUCGUGUGAGUGGGAACAGUUCAGGAGUCGUGGCUCCGCCCCUCACGCACACCUUACCGUCAUGUGACCCCGUGACCUCUGACCCCCCCCUGACCUCCACCGGCCCCCCGCCCCUCAACAACAACAGGAAGUCCAGCAGCGACAUCACUUCCUCCUCUAAGAGCACAGAUGCCGGCGUCCGUACUGUGGAGAUCACAAGGAGUGUCAGUGACUCCCUCGGGGUGAGCAUAGCGGGGGGGAAGGGCAGCCCGCUGGGGGACAUCCCCAUCUUCAUCGCCAUGAUCCAGGCCAGCGGAGUCGCCGCCAAGACGCACCGACUCAAGGUGGGCGACAGGCUCGUCAGCAUCAACGGUCAGUCUGUGGACGGUCUGACACACAGCGAGGUCGUCGCCAUGCUGAAGAACGUCUGUGGAAGCAUCAUCCUGCAGGUGGUUGCAGACACCAACAUCAGCGCCAUCGCCAGUCAGGUGGAGGGUUUAUCCAGCAGCUCCAGUCUGUCUGCCAACACUGACACACACACAGCAGAGCCAGAGGCUCCGCGGCCCCGCAGCAUCAGUCUGGAGAAAGGCUCCGAGGGUCUGGGCUUCAGCAUCGUCGGAGGUUUCGGCAGCCCCCACGGAGACCUGCCCAUCUACGUCAAGACCGUCUUCAGCAAGGGCGCGGCGGCUGUGGACGGGCGUCUGAAGCGUGGCGACCAGAUCCUGACGGUGAACGGAGAGAGUCUGCAGGGAGCGACGCACGAGCAGGCGGUCGCCAUCCUGAAGAAACAGAGAGGAACUGUCACACUGGACGUCCUGUCAUAACACACACACACACACACACACACACACACACACACACACACGCUCCUGUGACACACUUUCUCUUUUGGACUACGACUCAUCGUGGAUCGUGAACUCUGAACUUCCCAACAUGCAAAAAAAA